CUUCAGAGGGACGCCAUUUUUGUUGGUUGUUUGCAGCGUGGACGACAUUUUUGAGUAUUGCGUUUUUUGAUUGAUUGAAACUUACAAAUCCGUUCCAUAAUGGGCCGUAAGAAGAAGAAAGUUCAGAAGCCAUGGUGUUGGUACUGUAAUAGGGAGUUUGACGAUGAGAAGAUUCUUAUACAACACCAGAAAGCCAAACAUUUCAAAUGUCACAUAUGUCAUAAGAAAUUAUACACAGGUCCUGGUUUAGCUAUCCAUUGUAUGCAAGUACACAAAGAAACAGUAGACAAAGUGCCUAACUCCUUACCUGGUAGACAAGAUAUAGAAAUAGAAAUAUAUGGCAUGGAAGGAAUUCCCGAAAAAGAUAUUAAAGAGAGACACGAAAAAAUACAAAGGGAAAAGAGGAACCAAGAACACCACCCUGAAAGCCAGGACGGAGCCAGCACAUCAGCUGCCAUGCCACCAAAAUUAAUGUCCCAUCAACCUGUUGCAGGUAUGCCGACAACUCAACCUAAUAUCCCUGUGAUGAAUCCAGGGAUCCCCCCACCUAUGCCAGGUAUGCAAAUGCCGGGUAUGCCACCAGGAAUGCAUCCUGGUAUGCAAGGCAUGCAUCUAGGAAUGCCUCCGUUCAUGGUGCCGCCACGGCCUGGCAUGCCAAUGCCACCCAUGGGAGCACCGCCAAUGAUGAGACCUCCCUUUGAUCUAAUGCAGCCAAGGGAUAUGUCUGGUAUGCAGCCCAAUCAGCAGAGAGGAUUGUUUCCUCCGGCAACAACAGCACAAAUGGCACACCUUCCACCUCCCAAACCACUGUUUCCCAGCGCAUCAAGAGCUCAGCCAGAAACAACGUCAGCCUCUUCUAGUAUGGUUGGAACAGAUUUCAAGCCCCUUGGUGGUAUGCCAGGUAUGACAUCAUCAGCUCCAAUUGGACCUGUCAAACCUACUUUUCCAGCAUAUUCCCAACCUCCCAGCACAAGCACUGCUGCAGCAGCAUUACCAACCACUGCGUCUGCUGCAGCCAAGACAACACUCACUCCUGCACCAACAAUCAGUAAACCAUCUACAGUUGCCAGUGGUGGCGCCUCCAGCAAACUGAUGCAUCCAGAUGAAGAUAUAUCGUUG